AUAAGUGGACUGCCUCCUUCUACAGCUUCCAGCUGCUCGGUUAUAAAUCAAAUCGUUUCCUGAUAACAUCCAAUGUAGUUGUAUACACUUCCUUGUUCUGUUAACACAGUCUGACAAAUGCAUUUCUAAUAUAUUAACAUUUUUACUUUUUAACUAAUGUUAUACUUAUGAAUUGUACUUGAAUACCAAAAAAUGAUUAAGCUAAAUGAAGCAAUUUUUGUUCUUUUGGCUUGUAUAAGUUUUGUUUUAAUAAGUAGUGUAGCAGCCAAAAAAUGUGAAGAAGGUUGGUUUGGACCUGAAUGUCAAUAUAAAUGUCGCUGUCAACAAUCGUGUAACCCUGAAGGUGAAUGUCCAGAUAAAUGUGAAGAUGGUUGGUUUGGUUACAAGUGUCAAUAUAUCUUAGAUGAGUACAAGGCUACAACCAAUUUAUCUGAUGAAGAUGUUACACACAUUUUAACAGAUGAAAAUGAGAACACAUGCAUUAAUAUCGAGGCAGAAGCUGUUUUAAUAGAUUUAGAGUCUCUUUAUUAUAAACCAUGGAUUCGAUUGAUUACUCAGAACCCAGAAGGAUUACACGGUUUGAAUUUAUCUUACUUUAAGGAAGACAGAAAACCUGUCGUUGCCCUAUGGAAAUACGAAGCUCUCAUCAGAGAUAACACUGUGGAUAUUCACAUCCCUACACAUGGUUUUAUUUCUUCUAUUCUAUUAGAAAGUAAAGAGUCGCUAUCCAUUUGCUCUUUAUGGUUCAUUGUAGGUCAGAAUGCGGCGAUAAAACAGAAAGUAUACUAUAGUAAUUCAAUUAUAAAUCAAAUCGAUACAGACCUGCCACAGUAUCCUCCAGCUUCAGAUGGAGUUGCAACGUGUAACAAAAAUGACACACGAUACGGAGGCACGAAUUGGAAGAUCGUAAUGGAACCUUCUUAUGUUAUCAAGCGUUUUAAAUUGUUUGUUAACGAUACGCGUGGAGAUUUCAGAAAUGUAUCAUUUUCACAUUUUGAUAAUGACGGAGAUUUGAUUACUAAUUACACAUCAAAAACGAUCUCCAGUACAUCGUAUGGUUUUGUCAGCGCCCAUGACACGGCUACGAAAUCAUUUACAUUUUCACUCACAAGAUUGCGAACCAAUAAAACUGUUGCACUGUUAAUCUGUGAAGUGGAGGCUUAUAUUGAAUGCGAUGAAGGAACAUGGGGUGUGCAAUGUAUAAACACGUGUAAUAAAAGCUGCCCAGGGCUGUGCCGCUUUGAUGAUGGACUAUGUAGUAAUGCAUGCUUCGGAUAUAGUAACCCACCCAAAUGUACAAAAGCAUGUGGAGCAGGAACCUGGGGCUUAAAUUGCGUUAAGACAUGCAGCAAGAGAUGCCUUAACUCAUCAUGUGACAGAGUAACUGGACUGUGUCUCCGAGGAUGUUUUGGAUACAGUGAUCCACCUGAAUGUAAUACCGAGUGUGGAAGAGGAUUUUGGGGCUUUAAUUGCAACAAUAAAUGUAAUAACAGUUGUGUUGACUCAUCAUGCGACGCUAGAACUGGCUGGUGUGACAGAGGAUGUGUUGAUCACAGUGAUCCUCCAUACUGCACGACACUACACGAGAAUAGAGACAGUUUCUCAGAAAGCACCAUUAUAAAGAUUGCAACAUCUGCAGCAUCAGUAGCCCUGCUCUGUCUUGUUAUUUGUCUUAUGGUCUUGAAGGUGAAAGGGAAACUUUGCUCACCACGGAAUGAACCCGUGCAUGAACUUUUACAGCUACCAACAAAUAAAGAAGAGUACGAAUAUCCAUAUCAAGUCACUCCAUUUUGAUGUAACGACGCUUCCCUGCAACUGUUCUCAAUGUCCAGCCGGGCUCUACAAAAUGGAAAUAUUUCUUUUAUAACAUGUCUUUUUCCAUUAUUACAACUUUAUUUAACAGUUUAAUGAUGUGAAACAAUAUACUUAAACAAUGCUAAAAAUGAUAACUAUAGUUACAAUGAUCGUAAUAUAAAAUACCUCUCUGCAGUUUAUGUAGGGUAUGUAUCGAUGAUAUAUAAAAAUAAUUUAUUUUCUUAUUAUAGAUAAUAUUUUAAGUUUUGAAUUUGGGUUUGAAAAUCAAAUAAAAUAUUUUAUAACUACUGUGUUUAUAACAUAACUGUUAUACCUUUACACUUGUUUGCAUUCUGAACAUGUGAUAUGAUAUCGUUUACAUGUGGGAUUUUUUCAAACCUUGUGAAGAACUACGUAAGAUUUAAAUUAUUUGUGAAUCUUUGUUGUUUUAUAUAUUAAGUUUGUUUUUUUUCUAAAUAAAACGUAAACAAUUAAAAACUCUUA